AUGGAAGAUUUCUAUGUUUAGUUUAAAGAGUUUUAUGAUAAAGUGAAAGACAUCACGAAUGUUAGGUUUGCCUAUAUGAAAGAAUUGUAUAAUCUAGGAUUAGAACAAUUCCCAGACAACCUAGAGAUUUUAAACUUCCAAAAAAAUAACUAACUUAGCAUACAGUCAGGAAACACUAAAUUAAAAAAGAACUGGUCAGAUGAAGAUAAAAGAAUCUUAAUAUGGAUUAUUGGAAAGUACAUGGCUUACCAUAAACGAGAUUUCAAACAAAUUGUAAUGUUUUAAACUAUAAUCUUUUAUUAGUGUGAAGAAGACUGGUAGAAUAUAUCAUCUAUGAUGUUAAGAAGAGACUCUUUCCAAUGUAAGUAAAAGUGGCUAUAGAUGUUGAAGUUACCACUUCAAUAAGCUCCAUGGGGACAAAACGAAGAUGAAGCCUUAGUUCGAAUAAUAAGUGAAUUUCAGGCUUAGAAUAAAGGAAAUAAAUGGAGUUAAAUUGCAACUGAACUCAAUAAAACAACUGGUUUGAAUGUUCAUAGAAAUGGAAAGUAAUGUAGAGAGAGAUGGAAUAAUCACUUAAAUCCGUCAAUUAAUAGGUAAAUAUAAUAUAAUAAAUGAGAAAUCCUUGGCAAUAAUUGGAGGAUUUGGAACUUAUGAAGUUGGCAAUUUAAAAUGGGAAAAAGUGGGCAUUAAUUUCUAAAAAAUUGAAAUUAUAGAGGAGUGAAAAUAAUGUGAAGAAUAGAUUUAAUUGUUUAAUGAGAAAGGAAAAAAGUGGCAAAAAUAUACCAUAAUCUUAAGAUGAAAGUGAUAAUGAUAAUUAGGAAUCUUAUUUAUCUGAUCCAUCAGCUGAAGAAUUAAGUCCGGAAGAGAUUAAAUAAAUACAAGCUAUAAUUAAGAAGAUAGAAUGGAGAAUGAAAUAAGAUGGUUCUUCUUAUGAAAUUAAAUAAGAACAUUAAGAUUAAGUGUCAAAGAAGGUUUAAUUAGAUAGAAGAGCUUUAAAAACAAAAUAAUAAUAAUAAGAUAAUGGAAACAACAACAAUAAAGUCUAAAAUGUUAAUAAUUUUAAUAAUAUUAACAUUAAUAUUGAAAACUUUACACCUUCUACUUUGAACUAGCAUGGAAAUAAUAAUAAUAAUUAAAUUUAAUUCUAAGUUUUGGAAUAUAAUCAAAAUGAAGAUUAGAGUUAAUUAUCUUUCUGUUUAGUAAACAAAGAAAAAGGGUUUAUAUAUUUUUUAAAUUAAGAAUAAUUUAACAAUUAUGUUAAAACUUAAAAUCAAAUCAACAAUAACUAAUUGAUUAAUUUAUCUAGUUUUUUAGGAGCCUAACCUGCAGCAAAUAACUUGAAUUUUACUAAUAACAUUUCUAUAAAUCCAAAUAUUGAACUUGGUUAAUAAUAAAAUCAAUAAACUAAUAAUUUAGAAUGUUUUUCUGAACAUUAAAGUUUGAAUUCUUAUUAUUAUUAAUGUUUGGCCAUGAACAAUCAAAUGAAUUUUAAUUAACUUCCACCAACUCGAUCAUAUCUAAAUUUGCCAACUCAUUUAAAUAACAAUUUUACUUCCAAUCCAUAAUAUCUCUCUGGCUAUAAUUAUCAUGUGACAUGCUAUUAAUAAUAAUAAUAAUAAUAAUAAUAACCACCUUAGAUGAUGUAUUAAUCAUAAACUAGUGACAAACUAGAUCUUUGA